AUGUUCAGCUACCUCCGGGAACGCUUCAGCAGCCACCUGCGGGAGCGCAGCCGGCGCCGCGCCAGGCUCGUCUCCAAGGAUGGCAGGUGCAACAUCGAGUUUGGCAACGUGGAGCAGUCCAGGUUCGUGUUCCUGAUCGACAUUUGGACAACCAUCCUGGAUCUCCGGUGGAGGUACAAGAUGACCAUCUUCAUCUCGGCCUUCCUGGGCAGCUGGUUCCUGUUYGGGCUGCUCUGGUACGUGGUGGCCUACAUCCACAAGGAUCUGCCCGAGUUCAACCCCUCCAUCAACCACACCCCCUGCGUGGAGAACAUCAACGGCCUCACCUCAGCCUUCCUGUUCUCCCUGGAGACCCAGGUGACCAUCGGCUACGGCUUCAGGUGCGUCACGGAGCAGUGCGCCACCGCCAUCUUCCUGCUCAUCUUCCAGUCCAUCCUGGGCGUCAUCAUCAACUCCUUCAUGUGCGGGGCCAUCCUGGCCAAGAUCUCCCGGUCCAAGAACCGGGCCAAGACCAUCACUUUCAGCAAGAACGCCGUCAUCAGCAAGCGCGGGGGGAAGCUGUGCCUGCUGAUCCGCGUGGCCAACCUGCGCAAGAGCCUGCUGAUCGGGAGCCACAUCUACGGCAAACUGCUCAAAACCACCAUCACCCCCGAGGGCGAGACCAUCAUCCUGGACCAGGUCAACAUCGAGUUYGUGGUGGAUGCUGGCAAUGAGAACCUUUUCUUUAUCUCCCCGCUCACCAUUUACCACAUCAUAGACAGCAACAGCCCCUUYUUCCACAUGGCGGCAGAAACCCUCCUGCAGCAGGACUUUGAGCUGGUGGUGUUUUUGGAUGGCACCGUGGAGGCCACCAGUGCCACCUGCCAGGUGAGGACGUCCUAUAUCCCUGAGGAGGUGCUCUGGGGGUACCGCUUUGCUCCCAUCGUGUCCAAGACCAAAGAAGGGAAAUACAGGGUGGACUUCCAGAAUUUCAGCAAGACGGUGGCCGUGGACACUCCCCACUGCGCCUUCUGUCUCCACAACGAGAAGGAAGCCAAAGCCAAAGAGAAGAAAGGCUACGACAAUCCCGGCUUUGUCUUGUCUGAAGUCAGUGAAACCAGUGACACAAAAAUGUAG